AGGCCGUUCGCGCGCGCUCUCCUCCUCUCCUCACGCGCCCGCCUGCACACGGGCGGGUGCUGCCUGUGCCGCGCCGCGCCCUUGCUGGCGGCUGGCAGUUUGCAGACGCUCCCUUGCGCCCGCCCGCCUCCAGGUGGCCCGGCCCCCACGGCGGGCGCGGCGGCCGCCCCUCAGCCCGCGCCGGCCUCCGCCGCGGACCAUGGGCGAUGCGCUCCUGCCGGCGCGGGGGGCUGCGCACCGGCGGCGCCGGAGGAGGAUGGAACUGAAAUACGGAUAUACGUUGACUAAGGAGUUGGAAUAAGACUGAGUCCUGCUCUGUGUUACUUGUAUACUUGGACCAUGAACUUGCUGUUUGGCUUCACGCUUUAGGAACCUUUGUAGCAACUGUGUGAAGCUGUUGGGAAUCAUGGCAUUCUCUCCAUGGAAGCUGUCCUCUCAGAAACUCGGCUUUUUUCUGGUGACUUUUGGUUUCAUUUGGGGAAUGAUGCUUCUGCAUUUUACUAUUCAGCAGCAAACACAACACGAAAGCAGUUCAGUCCUGCGCGAGCAAAUUUUGGAUCUCAGCAAAAGAUACAUCAAAGCAUUAGCUGAAGAAAAUAAAAAUGUGGUUGAUGGGCCUUAUGUUGGGACAGUGACAGCAUACGAUUUGAAGAAGACACUUGCUGUCUUGUUGGAUAAUAUCUUGCAGCGCAUUGGGAAGCUAGAGUCCAAGGUGGAAAAUCUUGUACUUAAUGGAACAGGAGCAAACUCUACCAAUAAUACUACCACUCCUGCUCCCAGCUUAGGAGCAGUCGAAAAGCUUAAUGUAGCAGAUCUCAUAAAUGGAGCCCAAGAACAGUGUGAAUUGCCUCCUAUGGAUGGUUUUCCUCACUGUGAAGGGAAAAUAAAGUGGAUGAAAGAUAUGUGGCGAUCGGAUCCCUGUUACGCAAGUUACGGUGUAGAUGGGUCCACGUGCUCCUUUUUUAUUUACCUCAGUGAGGUUGAAAACUGGUGUCCUCGUUUACCUUGGAGAGCAAAGAAUCCUAAUGAAGAAACCGAUCAAAAAACAGUGGCUGAAAUUCGUAUCAACUUUGAUAAUCUCUACAAAAUGAUGUCACGACAUGAGGAAUUCAGGUGGAUGAUGUUACGCAUCAGACGAAUGGCUGAUACCUGGAUUGAAGCAAUUAAAUCACUUGCAGAAAAACAAAAUUUGGAGAAGAGAAAAAGAAAAAAGAUUCUUGUUCAUCUGGGGCUUUUGACAAAAGAAUCUGGAUUCAAAAUUGCAGAAAAUGCGUUUAGCGGUGGCCCACUUGGUGAAUUAGUCCAGUGGAGUGAUUUAAUUACAUCUCUCUACUUACUGGGCCAUGACAUCAGGAUUUCAGCUUCACUGGCAGAGCUCAAGGAGAUUAUGAAGAAAGUUGUUGGUAACAGAUCUGGCUGCCCCACCCAGGGGGAUAAAGUUGUAGAACUCAUUUACAUUGAUAUUGUGGGACUCACUCAGUUUAAGAAAACCCUUGGUCCAUCAUGGGUGCAUUACCAGUGUAUGCUAAGGGUUCUGGAUUCCUUUGGAACUGAACCAGAGUUUAACCAUGCCCAUUAUGCCCAGUCUAAAGGCCACAAGACACCAUGGGGAAAGUGGAACCUUAAUCCACAGCAGUUUUAUACAAUGUUCCCUCACACUCCGGAUAACAGCUUCCUUGGAUUUGUGGUAGAGCAGCAUCUGAAUUCCAGUGACAUUAAACACAUUAACGACAUCAAAAGGCAGAAUCAAUCUCUCGUUUAUGGCAAAGUAGAUAAUUUCUGGAAGGAUAAGAAGGCCUAUCUGGACAUCAUCCACACCUAUAUGGAAGUCCAUGGAACUGUUCACGGGACAAGCACUAUUUACAUUCCCGGCUACGUAAAAAACCAUGGUAUACUCAGUGGGCGGGAUUUGCAGUUUCUACUGAGGGAAACCAAACUGUUCGUUGGUCUUGGAUUUCCAUAUGAAGGGCCGGCUCCUUUAGAGGCUAUUGCUAAUGGAUGCGCUUUUCUAAAUUUAAGAUUUGACCCACCAAAAAGUAGCAAAAACACAGAAUUUUUCAAAGGCAAACCUACACUCCGAGAGUUGACAUCUCAGCAUCCCUAUGCUGAGGUUUACAUUGGGAAGCCCCAUGUCUGGACUGUAGACAUCAAUGAUCUUUCUGAAGUUGAGAAGGCUGUGAAAUCAAUUUUGAAUCAAAAGAUUGACCCUUAUUUGCCCUAUGAAUUUACAUGUGAGGGGAUGCUUCAGAGGAUGAAUGCAUUUAUUGAAAGACAGGAUUUCUGUCACGGGCAGGUGAUGUGGCCCCCAUUAAGUGCCCUUCAAGUAAAAAUUGCCGAACCUGGGAAAUCCUGUAAACAAGUUUGUCAGGAAAGCCAGCUCAUCUGUGAGCCUUCCUUCUUCCAGCAUCUUAACAAGGACAAAGCUCUGCUUAGGCAUAAUAUCGAAUGUCUCACCAUGGAGUCUGCAAAUGAUAUUCUGGUCCCCUCUUUUGACGGAAGAAGGAAGCACUGUGUUUUCCAAGGUGACCUCUUAUUGUUCAGCUGUGCCGGCUCCCACCCAACCCACAGAAGAAUCUGCCCCUGCAGAGACUAUAUCAAGGGGCAGGUUGCGCUUUGUAAAGACUGCCUAUAGCAGCAGCAGAGCUUCUUUUGAGUUGAGGACAAAAUGUAAGUAGUUUGGAGAGGAGCUACUUAUUACUUCCUGCACUUUUGUCCAGGUUUUUCGCUGCAGGCAGAGCUAUCAUUGCUGGGCAGAAUUAUCUACUAAGAGAGGAGGGAUUCAUAACAAACAGCUAACUGAUCUUUUUUUCCUAUAAGAACGUUCGCAGUGUAACUCUUCCGAUUCCUUCAUCUGUUUGCGAAGAGAAACGAGUCUCAUGUUCUACAGUGAUUUGAAGAUGACAGCACAGAAUAGUUUGUAGAAAAUUCCCAGACUCAUCAAACUUCUUUUUUUCUGUUGUUUUGGUGAAGUCUUUUCUAUUUUUUUAAUGAGUUAGGACAUCCCCCAUCAUGGUUAGCUAAAGGAUCUCAACUUCAUUCCAGUAGAAAAUUGAAAAAAGUGUGCUUGAGGGAGGGGGGUGCAGGGGAGGGAGGACUAACAUUUUAUUCUAGGUGCACUGUUUUGGGUACUGCUUUAGCCCGAAUGGCUAUAAAGCGGUUUAAUUCACAAGAGCUCGGAAUCACAAGAUAGCUCUGUACCCUGUUCUUGGGUUAUCUGGGCCCAGUCCUUUUUUUCUUUUUCUUUCUUUUUUUUUUUUUUUUUUUUUAAAUCUUGUCGACAAGAAGGCAUUGUCUGCAUCACAGCUGCUGCAUCAGAGCAGCCUCAACAGAGAGUAUCGUGACUGAGCAAAUCGGCAGUUGCCAGCGGGUGACACAUCAUCUCGGUGACUCGACAACCGACUGGGGUUGUGGCAUUCUUCAGUGUGGAAAAGCUACAAAAACAUACUGCCAUUUUCGGAAUGGACUUGUCACAGUUUACUGGUCCCAUUUAGAGAGUAAUCCUUGGAAUUUGCCCAUGCUUCUGUUGUAGUCUGUCUACUAGAAAUACUGUGUGAAGCAAAAAGUAUUCAGCAUCCUUGGAGCAAUAUUAUUGUUAGAGCCUCAGUUUGCUACGGCUUCCAGUAGUUAAAGUGUUGCUGAAUGACAUAGAAAGGUUAAACUAAGCUAACUAUAAUUAUUGUAUGGUAGAAAUGUAAAAUGUCUUCAUAACUAGCUAGGUUUUUAAAGAGAAAUUUUUUCUGAAGAACAAGUAAGAGGAGACAAACAACUGCUAAAAAGCAUUGAUCAAUCUCGUGGGUUCUUUGAUUGUUUUUCUGUUUUGGGGGGGCUGUUUGUUUGGGGUUUUUGUGUUGGUUUUUUUUUUUUAGCAGGCAUGCCAGUUACAAAUUUAGACAAAAAACAAUUCAAGAGUUUGGAAUUCAAGUCAAACUUCAUUUUUUUAGAGCAGCAGGUUGCGUCUUCUAAACCGCCUUCUUUUUAUAGAGGUAAUUUCUGUUAUUUUCAGCAGAAGGUGGCAUGCUUGACAGCACCAUUUGUAGUCAGCAAAUGACACGCUAAGAUGAGUGAGAAACAAACCUGCGGGAUGUUUUGCAAGCGGUCAUAGUCUGCAGGUUUACAGUUGGACGUGCUCUGAUCAUACUGGAAAAAAACUAAAAUCAACGUGGAGGUUUUUUUCCAUAAAAAUUAACAUUGCCAGGUAAUGGUGAAAAGCAUAGAUAUUUAAAAUUUUCCUUUCUUGGCUAUAUCUGGUUGGUUUGGAUUUUUGUCGUAACCAGCGUUCAUUAUCUGUGUGUGAAUAUCGAUGUGUCUCUUGACCUACCAAAGACCGAGCAAGGGAAAUGCUGUUUAAUCUUGGAUCACUUCUCAAGACCAGAGAACAGAAGGGUGUACAUUUAAAGUUUUAAUUUAAAAGCAAUUAAUUAGCUUUUUCAAGUUUUUUGUUUCCUGCCUCAGCACUCCUGAUGUGUUAUCCUGUAACGCUCCGUAACGUGCUGUGGGCUGCACGGGAACUUCAUCCCGAGAUUGUUGAGAACCCAAACAGAGUAAGUGGGAGCUGCCGAACGGCACGAUCAGCAGUAACUGGGGUGUCACGAUCAUAGAAUCGGCUGUAUUUUAGUCAUCUUCCAGAACCAGAACAGCUGGGCUCUCAAGUGGGAGGCAAACUUUUUGUAUGAAAAGAAAACAAACACAAACUAGUAUGAAAAUCCUUAGUGUUGCCGUAGCUCAGCAUUUGCUUCACUCAGCACAUGUCGGUUGCAAUAGUUUUAAUACGCUGGAAAAGCCGGGGGGAGGAGGAUUGGAAGUGGGUCUGAGCAGGCUCAACAAUUCAUUUUGUAUUUAUAUAAAAUAUUCCCCGCAUACCUGUGCAUAUUUGUGCGACUGGAAAAUCCUGUGUUGUAAAAUGUGUACGCUGAGACCUGGUGCUGAAAGCAAAGGCAACAGCAGAAUUUGCCUUUGCCUGUUCAGCCUGAGGUUCUUCAGGCAGGAAAUGAGUUUGGAACGAGAUAUCACAGAACUACGUCAGAAACAAAGAUUUGUAUCUGUGCACUUAAAGAAUGCCAAACACGUAGGUUUUGCUGUAGUAUAAUUCUUUGCUGUAAAUACAUAUUUGCUUGUUUCCCCCUCACUGUAUGGUCCACAUGGCAUUCUGCAUUUUAUUUUGCCUCUAAACCUGUAAAGAUGGGAGGGUUUGGGUAUUUGUUAUUAUAAGAUUUUUCUGGUCUAGUGCUUUGCUGAAUGCUAAGUUUGCCUUUACCAGAGCAGGGAGAGGCUGGUCUAAGCUCGGGCUCUUUCACGCUGUAGCGCUCUUUCUUUCUAGUCUGCUGAAGUGAAUUACUGCACCGUGGCCAAAACGAAACAGCAAACCCCGACGCCGCUUGCGUUUCAGCCAGGGACACAACAUCCAAAUUGGCUUCAGGAUCGGUUGGGUCUGAUCCUAUUUCCACUGAAAUCUAGAGAGAAGACUCGUUAAUCUUAAAGCAAAAAAAAAAAAAAAAAAAAAAGAAUCAAGACCUAUAAUUUGAUGGGCCUCUAGUAUUAAUUUUAAACUCUUUUUUCAGAAGAAAUACUACUUUUAUGAAAGAGCAUCAGUCUAAGUUUCUAUAAAAGGAGACUAUCGUGAGAGAGCUGUAAGUGCAUAAACUUUGUGAACGUUACUCACCCAACCUGCUCCCGCGCUCCCCCGUCACAACCAGGGUUUGUCCCUGCACUCAGAAAUAACCGAAUCCUUCCGCACAUAAAGCGCUCAGGCAAAUCCCCGCAGGGCUAUUUCAAAGUUUGAGUUAUUUACUAAAACAUCUAAUAGAUAUCCGCGUUUCAGGAUAGAGAGCAGCCUUCUGUCCAAGUUCUGUAACCGUUUUCCUCCCCAGCUGAAGCCCAGAGGUGGGGCCCAAUCCUGGCACUUCAGCGAGGCUGGCGGGGCGGGGGCUGCGCUGCUCUUGCUCUCUGACGGUGAAGCUCGCGGCUUCCCUUCCUCAGAAAUCAGGUUCCUGCAUGACUUGCAUUUGAAUAGAUUGAUCAGCGAUUGAUGGGCACAAAGGUGUCAACAAAAGUUGCAUAUAAAAACAUUUUCCAAGCUUUGAAACAUAUCUCUCAUAUCAAGACAUUCUUUGUUUUAAAAUUUUGUAUUUUUGUAUGUGACCUAGUUUUUUUCAAAAAUCUUGUUCCUACGAGAUUAGAAAACUUGAGAGAAGCAUUUACAUAUUUAUUAAAAUUAACGUAAAAGGCUUGCCUUUGAAAGGUAAAGUUGGUAAAUACACACUGUUUAAAAAUGCCAAUAAAAACCUCAUUUAUUUCAUAUAUGCAAGUUGAUUUGCACAUGUAUAAAUAGAGUUGCUUUUUGCAUUUUUUGCUUAGUUUCUAUGUUUCUUUUUGUAAUUUAUAGUUGCAGCUGUGUGUUGGCUUGUUUAUAUCAGAUUAUGUUUCUCCUACAAAUAUUUAAUGUUUUAUGUGCCUUUUUUUUACUUUCUUGGGGGUUUGGAUGAGUGUUUGGAAUAUGGGCACUGUCUGAACAAGUAUAAUGGAACACUAAUUCCAGGUAAAAAUAGCGCUUGGUGACUCUGUGAUACACGCAAGCGGUGUGAAUUUUGAAUGGGUUUAAGUAGUGGAGAAAUCUGUUCUGAAACUCUAAGGUAAGGGUUAGUAAGAUGAAAGAUACUAGAACUUUAAUAAUUCUUGCAAAACGUUGCUACGCUUUACAGAGUAUCUGUAAUUUGCCGUGAGAGCUCCUGCUGGGAUGGGAUGUCUGUUCGAUGACCAGAGAGCAAACUAAAGCCGUUCAUUCCCCAAGGAAAAGCUCUAGAAACAGCUGUAGCUGAUUUUUGACCAGCAGGAAAAUUGAAGAUCCACAUUAAAGUUUGUGAGGUGUUGGGGUUUUGGAUAAAGCCCCGCGUAGAUGGAGGUGCAGGGGGUGAUUCCUGGCGCCACCAGGAGAAUAGAGUCCUUUGACGAUACCUAAAUUGACAGCUCUCAGCGGGGAGGCAACUCUGGAUAUUCAGCUGGAAGGUUCUGUGGGUAUCGGGCACAAAUGGGGCUGUUAGCCGACGUGUCUCUCCUCACCUCAUCUCGUACUACCAUCCCUUAAACUCCUAGUCAAGGUCCUUGGUUUAUCCUGGACACAAAAGAUGUGCCCUCCCCUCGCAAAAAUGAGCGGCCCGGCUAAAUUACAAAGGUGAUUUAUGAGCUUGCAGCACUUCUCAUGUAAACAAAACCCAAAUUGCGUUCUCAGGUAUGUAUUUUGUUCCUGGUGCAUUUCAGGACCAGAUUUUGCUAGUAACGUAAAUUAAGUGGGAUGGAUCGGGCUGGAUACAAUCUCAUCCAAGUCUAAUUAACUUCAUGACUCCCACUGGCUUCAGUGGUAGCAGAACUCCUCCGUUCAUUUUUCUUCAAAUUAAAAAAGCAGCUCUCCCUUUUUAAUAAUUAUAAAGCACUGUAUCUUCCAAGAUAAAGACCAGACGCUGCAGGUUAUAUUGUACACAUAGCAGCAGCCGGCUUCUCUUGCUGCUACAGCGUGUAUCAUCUCUAAGUUGGUGUUACUUAUUAUUAAAAUGUCAGUUGAAAACCUGGCUAAAUGGCUGUUCCGUCUACAGUUUGGAGUUGGGUUGGGGUGUUUGUUUUGUUGUUUGGUGUCUUUUCUUUUUAAGAGGUUAGUAGUUACCAGUUUUUAAUUUCACAGUCGUUUUUCCAGGGGUGCUAUAACAUUUUGGCAUGGCUGUUUCUCAGUGGCGUUUGCCCUCCAGCUGCUCUGCCUUCAGCUUCGGACUUGCCAUCUCUUCCCAUCUCUGGUUCUCCUUCGGUCCCAUGGGUUUAGGGAGGGCUGUGAAGCGGAGGAGAAUAAUGCACUGACAGAUGUACGCCUUCGUUCAGGCUGAAAAAGGCCAGGGACAGACAUGGUUUCGUUGAGAUAUGCUUUAAUAAUCUUGCUGUAAAUGUAACAUCAAAACAUACUGUUUUAUGGGCAGUAACUUAAAUCUCAUCUUCAUAUUUUUAAGCAGCUCUAUAGCGUUUUUUUAAAAUUAGUUUGUAAUUUCCGAAUAUUAUAUUUAAAUGGAAUGUGUAAACAGCAAACUCCGUGUAUCAAGUGUAAAAUGUUUACUGUAGGAAUGUGUUGAAAAUACCAGAGGCUGGACCCCAGAAUGCCUCCGAUGAGGCUCGCUUGUGUUCUUUCUUAAGGGAAAAGCAACAAGGUGCAACCGUUGCCAGCGUGUCUUGCUUUUGUAGGUGUAAUCCUUCGCGUGUUCAUAGAAUUAGGAACAUACGAUAGUAUGUUUUAAUUUGGCAGAGCUCUCAACAGCACUAAGCCACCUGUUUAUGAAAUGGGUAAACAAAAUCAGGUCCUCAAAGAUUUGAUGACACGAGUGAUAACUCCGCCUUCCCCACACAGGCCGCUUUUUAAACAUUCAGCUGUGAUCAGGUGCACGAUACCCCUCUCUCUGCUGGGGAAGAUGAGGGAGGUCCCUCUAACUCAGGUGGGCUAUGCACGCCACAGGAUUUGUCCCCUUGUGUCAGGGCUCGCAGAUGUGCGGCCUUGCGGCCCCGCUGUCCUCACGGUUCACAGCAGCGACAACACGCGGCUGCUGCCCUGCACAGGGCAACGUGGCCGUGCUGCGCUCUCGAACACUAGCCCUUGCUCACUGCUGCUCCGCUCGUGGGCGGCCACAGGGCAGGGGCUCCAUCCUCCAGGAGCCAGCAAAAUCAUUGGUUUUAAGGAGAGCGUGUAAAUACCACGUUCACUGGAGCCAUCCAGGCACUUGGCAAAGGCCAUGCGACACGUCCUGGCUUGCGUUCCACCAGCUGCAAAGUAGUUUGAAGUAUCAGAUAGGUCCACCAUCAAUCAAGUCUAACUUGCUGUCUGAAGGCAGUUAAUUUUAAUAGGGUUAUACCCCGAACUAAUUUGUUGCCUUCGUUAACAGGUCUGUUGCAGUACAGCGACAGGGAAAACCAUUUUUAAGAAGUCAUGGGUUUAUUUGGGUUUCGCAAAGGAAUGCAGCAGAGGAGGAGGAGAUGGCAGUUUUUACCAGAGGAAAAAAGGAGUAAAUUUUAUGAGAAAAGUUACCCUGAAGAUUCUGAGAGAGCUAAAGGAAAAACAGAAGGGAAUAUUUACGAAGCUAGUUUGAGCUUGGAGAAGUUGUUCUCCUUGAGCUUUGCGGCUGACCCCUGUGGGACCGGCCUCCAGGGGGCAACUGGGGGCAGCUCUUGGCCUUCUGGGCUGAACCUUUCCCGGGAGGAGCCUCUCGCUCCAUGGGCCAAGGGGGGCAAAGUCUGAACGAUCCCUGUAGCACCCUAAAUUCAAACAAAACUUCCGGAAAUCUGCAAAAAUGAAAGAUUGCUGCUUUUUGCAGAUAAUAAUUUGGAGUCAGUGAGAGUUUUUAGAUGCACAUAAGAACUUCGGGGUCGGGCUGGUACUAUGGGUGUUUGGUUUGAAUUCUCUCCUAAAAGGUUGAUCCUUUGUUUUAUUUAAAUGGUUGUGUUCCACUAUAUUAUGUUCAAGCAGUUUGAUGCAGAAAGAACAGAACACAGUGGUUCAGAUACCGUCAAGUUACUGGGGUUCAAUAGGAUUGGAUUUUUUUAAUAUUUUUUUUUUUUUUUUUUUUAGAAAAGUAAAUGUCUGUACUUUAAUGGCAUAGAAAAAUGCUUUGUUUUCACUGUUGUAGAAAAAAACUAGGGAGAACUUUAUUUUUCAAUAAACCUUUUUCUUGUGUGAUUUGGAUUAUUAAUUGCUUUGUGCUUAAAUGGGAAGUCUGUGAGCUGCCCUUUAUCCAAAACUGCCUUCGUGUGGUUUAUCCUGGCAAUUCCGCAGCUGGGCGUUUCUCUUGCUGGCCACAGAGGGGAGCACGGACAGUCCCAUCCACCCGCAUCUUGGCCAUAGGAACAACAGGCGAGUACUUACCUUUUGCUUUGUUUUGUUUUAAAUCCAAGUUGGAUAAUGGAUAAAAUCAAGGUUCAUUCUAGGAGGGCAGUUUUGCCAGCCCGGUAGUUAGGAAUUCGUGGUUUCCUAGAAAUUUCCAGCACACGUAUAUCAAAAAAGAUGUACAAUAGAAAUGUCCACAGAGUGAAACUUCUGCGGAAUGGCCCGUUCGUUUCAGUUGCAGCCGUUCUGCCGAAGGGCUCUUUCUGCCCACCCCAUUUUCCAUGAGCCCGGCCGAGACCCAGGGAAGGCUCCUCUGUCCUCAGCUUCUGCUGGGAAUGCUGCGAGGUUUCGGUGGAGGUGGCCAAGAGCAAUAGAACAACCAAUGCUGGCGCAGCAGGGAGCAGUAAAAUGAAUAGUAAAAAAAUCACCCAACCAACAAACCAAAAAAACCCCAAAGACCAGCUUUUUUUAAUCUGUUCUGAAAAUGUGUGUCUGUAAGGUAGCUGCUACGUACUUUUUAAAACUACACUGGGGAGAAGCAACUCCUCGCUUUCUUACAAUACCUUUUUCCAAGGGUGGUUCUUUUUAUGUUGGGGUGUUUUUUUUUACAUGGGGUCACACAUACCUGAGUAAUGCAAAAUCAGAGUAGUACAGAAGUCAGGAACUAGCGACUUGGGAUCCUUUUUGUUUUCCCUGUCCCAAUUAAGGACACAGCACACUGAUGAGCAAUAGCAUCCAUCCAAAUGUCAAACUGAAGGGGAAGGCGAAAGGCCUGCGGGGUGGGAGAGGGCUCGUGGCUUGGGCUUGGAUAUUCACUAGCCAGAAUUAGGGAGUUUAGUGCGUCGUGGCUACACAUGAUGGUUUCCUGCUGCCCAGUGCUGGCGGCGCCUCUGCAAGAGCCUUUUAUUACUGUUCCAGCGAGUUGAAGUACGGGAAUGUCCUGCGUGUUGCCCCUUUUUAUGGGUAUUUCCUCGGCAUACUUUACCUUGGAUUAAAAUGGGUGAAAAUUGUGUUGGUUCUGUGUUGCUAUUCAACAUACCACAAUUCCCAAAUGUUUCCUAACGUCUAAAUGAACUAGCGGAGAACUCUGCUCGUUCAGUCCCUUGUUCUGGUUAUCUUUGGAAACGUUUUCCUUCCUGUUUCAUUCCCCUAAUUAUCGUUCAGCUUUGACAUUAUAAGGAGACAUCUGUAAAAUGGUGAGCAGCAAGAGUCAGAUGUGGGCUGCGUUGCAGUCACAUAAUGGAAAAAAAUUGUAUGAAAAUUGGAACUUGGAAUAAAAAAAAAUACACACGCCAUGCAGCUGUAUUGGAAAGAUCAUUGGGGGAGCUUAAAUACUAAAUACUUCAACUCUCACACACUUAG